UAGUUACACACUACCUUUUCGAUUCAAGCGUACAUGUAUGCAACCCUAUCAGCUGACAACAGUUAUAAAAGAGUGAAGUGCCAUUAAAAAUACGGACAGACGGAUGCGGAUGUUGGUUAUAUUUAUUGGAACUGCUAAAGUGCGCGUAGAAUACAUUGAAGUAAGGAAAUAACAAUUUAUUUCGUAACAAGAAGAGCAAACAACAGCUGGUAAAAUAAAAAGUUUCUACGGUCGUGCGCCUAACAAAAUGGUCUUAUGCAAGGAAUAUCGCAUCUGCAUGCCGCUCACAGUGGAAGAGUAUCGCAUCGGCCAGCUGUAUAUGAUUGCGCGUCACAGUUUGGAACAAUCCGGUGAGGGUGAAGGCGUUGAAGUGGUAGAGAGCUAUGAAUGUGAUGAUCCCGUGCAUGGCAAAGGCCAAUACACAGAGAAGCGCAUACAUUUGUCGAGCCGAUUGCCAUAUUGGAUACAAGCCGUGUGCCCGCGUGUCUUCUAUGUCACAGAAAAAUCUUGGAACUACUAUCCCUUCACAAUUACAGAAUACACAUGUUCCUUCGUGCCCAAACUGAGCAUAUCAAUCAAAACCAAAUAUGAAAACAACAAUGGCUCUUCAGAAAAUUGCCUUGACCUAAGCGAGGAGGAGUUACAGACACGUUUGUUGGAGGAAAUUGACAUUGCAUUCGAUGAUCUCUCCAACCAAAAUCACUAUAAAAAGGAAGAAGACCCAAAAUUUUUCAAAUCGGAGAAAACAGGUCGAGGCCCACUCAUGGAAGGCUGGCGCAGCUCUGAUAAACCUAUUAUGUGUUCCUACAAGCUAGUAAAUGCUUGCUUUGAAGUUUGGGGCUUGCAAACAAAAGUCGAAGACUUUAUUCAACGUAGCAUACGUGAUGUACUGUUACUUGGACAUAGACAGGCCUUCACUUGGAUUGACGAGUGGUAUGGCAUGACGUUGGAGGAUGUGCGUGCAUUUGAAAGACAAAAACAGGCUGAGACAAAUGAGAAAUUGAAAGGUGCCGGUGAUGACUGAAGUGUUGGUGAAAAAUCAGUUGUUGAAAUGUAGGGUGGUUUUGUUUAAAAACAAAAGCGUUAAAAACAACUAAUUAGGGUAUAGAGCUUAGAGACAGAGAGAGAGAGAGAGAGAGAGAGAGAGAGAGUAGUGCAACACGUAAAUUUAAGGCAAAUACAAGAAUUAUCGAAUGCUGAUGCUAGUCCUUAGAAAAGAAUAUAUUCUCUAUAAAACAAAAAAAAAAAUGUAAAUGCUCAUUAACCAGCAGAAAAGACACAAUACUGCUACUCAGGAAAAUUGAAAAUAAUGUUCUAAAUGCUGAAUUUAGCGAAUUUAACGCUCUUGAGUAAAAAAAAUGUAUGUUCUUGUUCUUAAUGUAACAGCUUAAAAAAAUGCCCCAUACAUUUAGGGAGAAUACUGCUAUAAUGUAUUCCACAACUGUCCGUUUAUGAAAAACGAGUUGGCCCUUUUAAAAUGUACCUUUAAAACACACACAAAAGCCGUACACAAUUCUUUGCCUACUCCAGUGCACGCAUUUAUCUCCGGCAUAAUUUUUCUACUUUCUAAAAAACUAGAUUUUGAAAGGUGGGAGAACACUAUUUUUGAGCUAUUUUUAAGUCUUAGCUAAAUUUUGUCGCACAGUGUGUCAUUUAUCAUAUUAAAAAAGUACAAAUAUGUAUGUAAGUAUAUAUUAUACUUGGGUCCUAAAACUAUUCUUAGUAACUUUACUAGCAAUUUUUUUAACCUUGGUUUUUUUUCCUUUAUAUGAACUACUACAUUAUUUGUUUGUCAAAAUAUGUUAUAAACCAAAAACUUAAUUUGUAUAUUAAACACAAAUGUGGACUUUCGACUAAACAACUUAAGCCCAUUAAUGGUUUUAAUGCAUUCUUUCAAAUAUGAAGCAUUUGCGCUUUAGAAUCCAUUUCUGUAAGAGUCGAAUUAAGUUACUAAAAUUUUCUAUGACAGAUGGGCAGAAACUGGUAAACUGAAAAAGGUUUUUUUUUUGUCAAAAGUACACAAAUAUUUGUUUAUAUAGCAGAAAUGAAAAUGUUACUAUAAAAAUUCAAAACAAAACCAAAACAUGUUCAAAAAAGGAAGCAUUGAAGUGUAACUAAGUAAAAUGUAAUU